UAUAAAUGCGCUCCACCGCGGCGGUGUAAACUUUUGCCUGGUUACUUCGUUUCCAGAUCACCGCUGCUGCAAUCGGAUGUGCAUUUAACUGUGUAAAAAUCCAACGACAAAUUAAAACGUUAGACUGAGCAGCUAUAAGUCGAGUCGGUUGUGGCACUAGACUCUCAUGUCAGACUUUGGCAGCUUGCGGCACCUAUGGGGGGAAAGCUUGACAUGCAAUUGUGGUGACUGUGUAUUGAGACGGCAGAAAAGCUGUUGAUUACUGAUCUUGGGACAGUAUAGCUGCCACCCAGCUGAACAAAUGAGUUCCACCCAUAACACCAAGUCAUCCCCAUUGUUGUGAACUGGAAUAGCAGCCCAGUCGCAGGUUGUUUGAAGGAACAGCACUGGGAGUUUCUGGAUCGCGGCGUGCAGACACUCCAGAAGCAUGCUCGAAGCCAUCUGGCAGGUUUCCUAGAGCGGGCCUAAGUGAAUUGUCUUAAAUCUGCAUCUGGACGCACUUACAUUAUGAAGAGCAGCACCCAAGGUUGAUCCGUCCUGCAGUGAUCUUCCACAUACCAUUUGACUAUCCACAAUCACAUUACAAACUGAAUAAUCAUAAUCGAGCCACUGUAUCACCUUUUGUGGCCCCUGAAGUCAUGCAUCUUGAGGUGAAGAUUGCCUUGAACUUCAUCGUUUCAUAUCUGUAUGACAAGCUGCCGCGUCGCCGUGCCGACAUGUUCGGGGAGGAGCUUGAGCGGCUCCUGAUGACGCGUUUUGAAGGCCACUGGUACCCCGAGACCCCUCUGCGGGGGUGUGCCUUUCGCUGCCUGCACCUCGGCACUGCCAGGGACACCGUGGUAGAGCUGGCGGCAAGGCGGAGUGGGCUUGACAUGGCAGAGGUACGAGCCAACGUCCCCCCUGAGCUGAGCGUGUGGAUUGACCCCUACGAGGUAUCCUAUCAAAUCGGGGAAAGUGGGGAAGUGCAAGUCUUGUACUCAAAAGACCCAUCUGUCCAACUCUGUGACAUUGGGAGCGUUGAAGAUGAGUGUGUAUUUGGUGACUGCAAUGAUAAGAUGGAAGACAAGCGAUUAGGGUUCAAUCCUAAAGCACAGAUGUUUAUGCCAGUAGUAGGCAAGGUGUCUCCAGUUGGCAUACGGUCUCUCCCCAGCUCCCCUACACACUCCUCAUCCCACCAUAACUUUUUUGAAUACUUUGGCUCAAGUCCAGCAGCCAACAGAGCCAUUAACUCAUCAAACAGCUCAACCCCCUCUCCUCCAAAUUCACGUCUGAAUUAUGGUCAAUCUCAGCCGCAGCUUCCAGUUGCUUCCGACGGCCGUCCAGCCCCCCACCCUGUCACCUUUACAACUGCCAGUUUUGCUGCGACCAAAUUCGGCUCCACCAAGAUGAAGUGUGGGGGUACCGCUUCAGCAGUUGGACCUGGAAUCUCACCUCAGCCCGCCAUGCCCUCACGUUCCCCCGUUACCGUACCCCACGCCGGCCUUAUCAAGCAAAGGUCCUUCUCUCUACACUCCUUUGGGAGUCCUACGUCCAGUCAGCUGUCUCCUAAUGCCAAAGAGUUCAUCUACCCAGUCUCCCCAGUGGGAUUUAACUUUGACUCUGAUGUCCCACCUCUGCCUCUCCACACCACUCUUCCACAUCCGAACCCUCUUCAUGUUCACCCAACCUUUGGCCUGUUCUCGAGCUCCCAGCCAGGUCAUUCAAUGGGAGUUGUCAGUGGUAGAGGUGGAAUUUCCUACCUGGAGAAGCCAACAUUCAUGGAUGAAAUUUCAGGGUACAACCUGCAGUACACCAACCACAGCUCCCAGCCUGUAGUACUGGCCAGUUAAUGACUUUUGAUGCAUUUCUGGGAUGUUCUAGUCGUGCUUUUGGCUUGUAUAUUAUUCUCGUUCACUGUUUCCCUAGUGCCUGAGAGACACAACAGUCUUCCAGGAUUGAACUUUUCACAAUCAUGCCUAUUUUCAGACUAGUGUUCAUUCAACGAUCUGUUUCUAGUUUUUAAGUUAUGUUAAUGGAUUUAAAUUAAGCUGAUGAGACCUGUCCCAUGAGCACUGUGGAAAACCAAUGUAGUGGUGCUUUUUCACACUUAUUCAGUCUGAUUACUGCUGGUUGUGGUUUUUCUCCUUUCAGGAAAAAAAUCCAAGUGAUACAAGAGAUCAGCCAACUCCACGUUGAACAAUAGGUUUGGAAUGCAAUAUCAGAAUGAUCUUAAUUUGACUGUUAAUCGUGAGUUUUUGAUGUUUCAAGCCCGGUUAGUUUUUAAAGGUAGACAUUUUAAACGCACUAGGUGGGCUUGAAACAUUGAUAAUGUCACAGACUUUUUCCAUGCAAAGUCACUCUACACUGAGGUGUUUUUGGCUGCUGUAACAUGACUUUCGCAUUGCGUUUAACUAGGACAGUCUGUGAGCACGGUGACACAUCGUGUCAUGUGACUCCCAGAUAGGAUUACCUGUCCCGGUGCUGGAAGAAGACUUUUCUGGGAAUCUAGCAAUCUGAGAAUUUGUCUUCCUCUUUCAGAUUUUCUUACUUGUAUCUCAGGCAUCUCAAUGGCAGUAGUACGUGAGAGGAUUGGGGAGAGGAUGUCAAAUGAGGGAAGAGAUUUCGAGAAGGAGAAACUGGGAUGCUGUCUGGCUUUGCUGUCUUGGGAAGGGAAACCACACACACACACACACACACACACACACACACACACACACACAGAGCUGCGUCCCCAUCGGCAGUGUGUGAAGGUGAGAGUGGAAGGGGGAGGAGAACAGAUAAGCACUGGGGAUGGUGAUAAAUGGCCCAGCAUGACUUUCGCAGUGAAGGAGAGAGACUGCUGUGGGAGGGUAAGGAGGCUUGGGGGGGUGGAUUAGGAUUGUCUUUGUGAACAGGGAGUCCAGUCACUAAAUUUAAAAAUUGAUCUGAAUGAAUUUAGCUUCCGUGCGUUGGCUGUUGUGCUCCGCGAUAUGGUCGUGACCCUGUUGCACGGCAUCUAUGCUUUUCUGAUUGUGUACUCAAACUGUAAAACUGCUUUCAUUUGCCCAUAUAUAUGAAUAUGGACUUCAGAAGUUUCCCAUUGGCUGUUUGUACCCUUCUGUCCUUCCAGGUUACUUACUGGAAUGGGGGGGGGGGAGGCGGGGUGAGGAGCACUGUGGGUGUGUGAUCCAUGCAGUGGGAAGCAGUGAAGCAUCGAUAAUGUGUCUAACCAUCCGAGAGUGAAACGGGUCAUGAAGUAAUGGUUGAUGGUUGACCAUGGUGAGGAGAGCAGAGAGAGUGGCCCCUCACUUCCACAGCUUCUGGACGUCUAACACAGGUGCACCCUGUUUUUUUCUCUGUGCUGUCUCUAGGGAACACAUUGAGAGAAGAUUACCACCACAAGUAUGAUGGAUGGGGUGAUUACUCUGUGACGUCUGUCACGGACGAGUUGUUAUUGUUGCACGGUUUUAACAUUUUGAAUAAGAGAUGACUGAUGAAUGAACAUAAAUGUUUUUUUUUCUGGAUGGCUGCUUCUCACAUGGUUUAUUAUUGAGUGUAAUCAUUUGGGUGCGUUCACCUUAAGGUUAAGUGCGAUAAGGAGUGGCAGGAUAUCAGCAUUAAAAAUUCACACAUGGUCUACAAUCAUAUAAAGUAAAUGUUAUAUUGGCUGUUUCAUGGUUGGGAUUCUUUAGUCUUCAGGCUUUAUAGAGAUACAUGUGCAUGAUGGACUAUGAAAAUACACUGGUAUUUAAUGUUGAAUGUAGGUUAUCCGGGAGAAUGGUUCGAUGGUGGUGUAAAAUGGAGGGAAAUUCAAUUUGGGUUUAGGUAAAGUGUGAAUAUGGGAGCAGAGCGUCUCUCAGUCACAAGACUGUUGACUUAGCUACCUCGCAAUCAUAUAAGUCGAUAUUUCUUUUCACAAAACACAUUUCCUUUUAGUUCUGCUGUUUUAGGGGUAUCUGUCAGAAUACCAAAGGAGGUGAUUGGAUCAUUCUAGAAGGCAUCCAUCACUCUUUUUAACUACUUGACUGACACUGUAAAGUCUUCUCCAGAGUUUGCAGUUUUACUUUAUUGGAUAAGUUGAUGUGGCCAGAUAUUUCACUGAAACCCGUUCAGGUUCAUGCGGCGUAGUCCGCCAGCCAGCACAGACUUCUCAGACUUCAACACGCCCCAUUGUUGUGACACGUCCAGUUCCUACAGCCUAGAUCGGUUAACAUGUAAUGCAAGUAAACGUGCUCUGGAGGGUCUUUAGUUAACCAGAGUCCAAUGGCUUCUUUGGUUUCCAUUUUUUCUGGGUCUGAAUCUGGAUUAGCAGCCGCUAACAGAAUGCAGAUUUGGAAUUGAACCGCUUCAUGAAGCUUUCAAACAUCACUGCUGCUCUCUGAAUAGUUUUUUUCAUGUGCUUUUCAGUCUGUUUUUGAGUAGUAUUCUGGGAUGCUGUCAUAAUCCUCACCCUACCUUAGGCUCUGAUGUCAGACUAGACUAAUGGAAGACAGGUGAAGAUGAAGCAUUUGCACUUUUUUUUUUUUUUUUUGGACGUGCAAUAUUUUUCCUUGCGAUUAUUAUGUGUCACUUGUUCCUGAUGGAUGGGCACCAACAUCUUUGAGCCAGUUUUAUCUCAUCGCUUUGGCUGCUCUAGAAUUCAAAGCAGCACAGAGCUGAAAAAUGUACCGAUCGUUUAUUUCUGUCUGCGAACUAAUACAGUACUGUCUGCGGGUAUGAUUGGUACUUGGUCUUUGCAUUGUAGAUUCUGUACCUGCCUGUUCUGGGAGACCCGUUCUGUGUUUUCCUCUCAGCAGGCUGACGCCUGCAUUUUAUUUUACCUGACUUUGUUUGUUUUUUUAGUUUUGUAAUAAAAGACACCAAAGCAUGAAAGUCA